AUGCUAUAUGGCAGAAAAACAUCAAAGUAUUUUAAAUAUUUUAAUAUAAGAUCAUGUUGUGAUUAGAGGAAUUGCGACUGUGGAGAUACAUUGAUCUUGAAGGAAAAGUCUUUUUGUACCAAAUAUUCACAAUCUCAAAUAUAAAAACCAUAUAUUAGGAAGUAAUAAUUAUAAUUAAUGUAGAAAAUUUAACAGAAAGAUUUAUGUAGUUUAUUAUAAUUAUAUCAUUUUCAUCCUAACAAUUAGUUUGAAAACUUUAUAUUAGAUUAGUAAGAAUAAAUUAUUUUAUGCUCAAUACUAAAUUUAUUUUUCAAACAUAAAGUUUUUUUUUCAAGAUUUUAAAAAAAUGAUUUAAAUUAAAUUUCAAAUUUGUUUUAUGAAUUGCAUGUUGAUGAGAAUUUCAAAACUUAUUUAUCCUAAUAAAUCUUAAUCCAUUUUAAUCAUUUAUACAAUCCAAUUUAAAUUUUCAAAUUAAUAACAAUUGAUAAUUAGUAAAUCAAAUUUAAACAAAAUACUAAAAACUAUUCAGCCAAUCAAAGCUUGAUGAAAUAUUUCAAAAGUUGCCUUUAGAUAUUAAUAUUAAAAAAAACUUUUGUAAAAAUAAAAUUGAAAAAGCUUAUUUAUUUAGCUAUUUCUUUUAACUUACAGGACAUUUAGUUCUAGGUCUUUUGAGAUUAUAUAAAGAAAAUAAGAAUCCAUAAAUUUAUUAAUUCUUUGAUAUUUUCUCAAAUCAAUUGCUCUAUUUGUAAAUUAUAAAUUAAUUUAUUUUUAGACCACUUUGUAAUUCUGAAACUAAACUAUACUGUUCCAUAUUCAAUGGUGAAGUUGAGAAAAAUUUUUGGAAUAAAUAAUGGAAAUUAGACACUGAAUCAUUUAAAUUUAGCUCAAUGAAUCCGAAAAACCCCAAAUUUAACAUGCUAUAAAAAAAUUCCUUAUUAAUAUAUACCUUAACUAAAAUAUAUCCUUGAAAGGAAACUUGAAUUCAACAUUCCACUUUUUAAAAUCAUAAGAGUAAGAUAAAUUCUACGUUUCAUUAGUCAUUUAAAUUUCCAUACUUUCAGGAUAUCGAAAAUUUUUGCCUAUUUUAGUUAACGUUUGGAUAGAUGUUUAUAAAUAAAAUAAAGUUGGAUUAUAAAACAUUUUUAGAUUAAUAAUUAACAACUUUUUAAAUAAUUAUGCGAUGACAUAUUUUAAAUUGAAAAAAGAUACAUAAAUAACAAAUUAUUUGUCAAAUAUUUUUAUUUGUGAUAAAAAUUUUAUAACUUUAAUGGAUUAGAAUGAUUCUUAAGAAACUUAUACAGAUUUAUUAGAGACAAGCGGACUAACCCCAGAAAAAUUUAGAGAUAUUAUGUUUAAUUAUUGA